AUGAUUUUUGAUUUACUCCAAUAUCAAUAUGAUGAAACUUCGAAGUGUUUCUAUUUUAAUACAUAUAAUUAAUUAAAUUAUCCGAAUCUAUUGGAUUUUAUUAAAAGUAAAUUCAUAAGUUUUGUUCAUUUGAAAGAGAGAACUAAAUUUAUAAUAAUUUCUACUAUUAAAUAAAUGUUUAAUAAUAAUGUUUAAUUUAAUACAAUAAUUAUUAAUUUACUUUAAUCAUUGUACUUGAUUAAAACUGCUAAAAUAAAAACAAAAGAUUUAAAUUUUAAAUUUAAUCUUUCGGAAAUCAAGUAAAAGUAUAUACAAAUUAAUUAAGUAGAUGA